AAUUGCAAUAUUCCAAAAUGCUCAAAAAAACAAAAACAAAUCAAAUUAAAUUUGUUUUACUGAUUUUUGAAUUUCUCUUCUUAACUUAACUUCUCUCUUAAGUUGUUUAAUCUUUACAAUGCAUUACACCAAAAUUCUCUGAAAAAAUUGGUUCUUUUUAACAUUUGAAGCUUCAAGGGUAGGUUUUAGUGAAAAUGGGGAGGAAGAAGAAGAUUAUAAACAAGGAGCUGGUUGCUGAAGAUUGGUGCCUUGUCUGCAAAGAUGGUGGGGUUUUAAGGGUUUGUGACUUUAAGGGUUGCCUUAAAGCAUUUCAUCCGCGGUGUGUAGAUCAAGAUGAUUCUUUCUUGGAGAGUGCUGUUCCUUGGAGCUGCAAGUGGCAUUUCUGCUUCAUUUGCAAGAACGCUGCAAAAUUCUAUUGCUUUUGUUGUCCAAAAGCUGUAUGCGGAAGCUGCCUCUGUGUUACGGAGUUUGCUGUAGUUAAAGGGAUAAGAGGAUUUUGCAGUCAUUGCUCAACACUUGCAGGGAUUUUAGAGGGAGUCAAGGAUGCAGAUUCUGCAAUGGGAGAUGUAGAUUUUAACGUUCGAGACACAUAUGAGUUCAAUUUUAAGGGAUAUUGGGAAAUGAUUAAAACAAAAGAAAAUGUAACCUCGAAACAUGUCCGCUCUGCCAUCAGGCUGUUGAAAAUGAACGAAAACUGUGGAUACAUAUCUGAUUCUAAUGAUAUUUCGGAGGAUGAAGAAGAUGUUAGUGACUUUGAAGAAAACUUGGAUUUGUACGACAAUGAUUGUUGGAAUGGUAAAAAAGGGGGAAAACGGCGAGAUAAGAGAAAGAGAAAAAGGGGGAUGGAAAAAAAGACUAACUCGAAGAAAAUUGAGUUCAAUGGCUGGGGAUCAAACCUCCUCAUCGACUUCCUUGCCGCCAUAGGUAAAGAGACGGCUGAUAAAUUAUCCCAACAUGAAGUUAAUGAUAUAAUCAUACGCUAUUGCAAUGAACACAAGCUUUAUGAUCCAGAGAAAAAGAAGAGAAUUGUGUGUGAUGCAAGGCUAAAAUCUAUUCUAGGAAGGAACUUAGUUCUCAAGAACAGUAUAUAUAGCCGUCUGACUCCCCAUUUUGCCGAGAAUUUUGAGCAAUCAGAGGAUGAGAUUGGAUAUAGUUCAGAAGAAAAGAGCGAGACUGUCACAAUAGCCCGCAAAAGGAAGAAAAACUUAAGCUCAAACGAAAAGUUUCAGAAUGAAGAACCAAUUCCAGAUGUGCAACAAAAUCGUUUUGCAUCUUUAAAUGCGGAAAAUAUUAAACUUCUCUACUUGAAGAGGAGUUUAGUGGAGGAAUUGGCAAAACAACCUGAGACAUUUGGUGCUAAAGUAAUUGGAAGCUUUGUGAGAACCAAAUCUGAUCCUUAUGACUAUUUGCAGAAAAACUAUCAUCAGCUCCUUAAAGUGACAGGUAUAAAGAGAAGUUUGAAAAAUGGAGAAGUGAACACUGAAGUUCUUCUACAUGUUUCCAAUAUGCCAAAAGACAUAGCUAUUUCCAAGUUAUCAGAUGAUAACUUCUCUGAGGAAGAAUGUGAAGAUUUGCGGCAAAGGGUGAAAGAUGGUCGACUUGAGAGGCCUACUGUUGUGGAGUUCAAGGAGAAAGCUCGAAAUCUCCAUGAGAUUAUCACAAAACAUUGGAUAGGAACAGAGUUGUCGAUACUGCAAAACCGUAUCAAUCAUGCUAAUGAGAAGGGAUGGAGAAAAGAGCUUUCUGUGUACAUUGAGAGAUUGCAGCUGCUACGCGACCCAACUGAACAAACACGGUUGUUGCUUGAAAUUCCAGAAAUAAUUUCCGAGCCAGAUAUCGAACCUGUGGACAGUGACUUGAUACACUCCUACCUUAACGAUAAAGCAGAUUUUGCAGAACAAAAGCAGCAAUCUAACGGAUGUGAACCUGAGGAAUUGGUGCGACUGCAUAGUAGUUGUCAUGAAAGCGGAGAUGAUGAACAAAAGCAGCAAUCUCCUGAACCUGAACCUGAACCAGAACCUGAACCUGAACCAGAACCAGAACCUGAACCUGAAGAACUGGUGCGACCUUAUAAUUUUUGUCAUGGAAGUGGUGAUGAUGAUGUUAUUGAUGAAACGGAGUCUCGUGAAUCUGCUGUAGAUGUAAAGCAGAACCAUUUGAAAGUAUCCCAUCCUGUCCUAUCAGGACCGCUACUUGCUUCUUCCCUGCAAAGUCAAUACUCCAACUUUCUUGUUCCGGAAAAGCAGCAUUUCGAUGGUAAAGCUAUUUCUGGAGAAAAGCAAGAUAAACCAAUGGAUGAUGAUGAUGAUGGACAUGACAACCUGAAGACCAGUCAAAGUGCAACAUCAAUGCGGGUAAAGCAGAACCAGCAAAGUGCUAAGUUGGUGGAAAUAAUUGACUUAAGCGACGAUGAGGAUCAAGAUAUGAAUACUCCAGCAAGCAAGCCAACAUCAGAACUCCUGGAUUCGCGUAUAUGGUACUGUUUGAGCCCCACGGGUCUGAAGCUGGGGCCGUGCCCGAUGGCGGUGCUUAAAGAAUGGAGUGAUACCUGUGACAGGGAUAUGCUAUUCAAAGUUUGGAAGAUAGACCAAAACCAGGACGAAGCGAUCUUUCUAACAGAUGCUAUUCGUCGGAUUUUCAAUGGGAAGUAGCAAUCUUCGACCUUCGCUAAAGUUUAUUUGUACAGAAGACCUUAAGCCAAGGGAUCGCAGAUUGCAUCUGCUUUCUCCAUGGAUGACAUGAAAUAGUUUUGCUUAAUAUAUUUGUUUCAUGUCUGAGUUCAGGUUAUAGUAUAGAACAAGUAUUUCUUAUA